AUUACUGGUCAGAAUGGUCAAAACCAGAACGAGCUCCGAAAAAAUGACAGAUCACGUGAUGACAUUUGUAUCACGAUAUUUUUAUGAGUGUGAGAGAGAAAACGAAAUUUUUGUUGGUGCAGAUCAGUGAUUUUAGAGGUUUUAAGACGAUCUCAAUUCUAUUUGAAAGUUAUUUUGUGUUUUUUGCAUCGAAUUUCGAUGGAUCCAUUAAUAUUCGAGAAGGAUUUGCCACGUGCCUUGAUUUUUAGUAAUGCGAGCGGAAAAGCUGGUGAAAUUGCAAAGAAUAUGGGAGCCGAGUCAAUAUCCGAACAAGGAGGAUUGGAAUAUUAUUUAUGGAAUAUCGAUAACAAGUAUUACACAGCCCAAGUUUUACUUUGUGCGACCCAAAAUCUGCCCUCUAAUAUUUCAUACGAAGGUGUAGAAGCAUUGAUCGUUCAUCAUGAACCACAAUCAGACCAUGCGUUACAAAACUUAGACACUUGGAAGUCUCUAAUACCAUCCCUUUCAGACGUUGAAGUUCUUUUAUUGGUCUGCAAUUCUAUUAAUGAUCCAACUGUUAAAGAACAAGUUGUGGAGUGGUGCAUGACCCAAAAGUUCGAAUUGGUAGAAUUGGAAAAAUCAAACCUUCAGGAAGACGAUGAAUUCGAAGCAGAGCGAAAUUCAUUUGGAAUUGAUCGAAUCAUUGAAGCUUUGCAAGCACAUACGUGGUCCAAAAUGAAAUUAAAAGAUCAAUCGUCGACGAGGGAACCAAUAGAGGAAAUAAGUAGAGUUGGAGAACAAAUAGAAAAUAUUCAAAUAGACGCUCAAUCGAAUCUUUCAGAACGACUGCAAAUGGAAAACGUAUUUGAUGGAAUAAUGGAUAGCGAAAAUGUAGAUUUUGGAGAACUCUUUGGACAAUUAAUGGCGAUGAAGGAGCAUGCGGCUUCGUUGCCAACUAAUCAAAGAAAAGUGGCGGCAGAACAAUUAGUCACAGCUUUUUGGAAAGCCAUGGGAGGCGAUCCAUCGGAAAUUAGCGAUUUGGAUUAAUGCAGUGCAUUUUAUAGAUUUUUAUUUUAUUUUAUUAUAUAGAUUAAUUAAAUUUUACGAAUUUUAUUUUUAACUUUGGAUAGUGAUUUUAGAACGAAUUGUAAAUAGAUCAAAUUUGCUCUCACAGAUACUGGAUUAUCUACUUUAAAUUUAUCAUUUCAUUUUCAUCAUUUUUAGCAUACUUCGAAUAUGAAAAAUUUAAAAAAAAAAGACAUUGAUAUUAAUAAGUUUUAGGGUAGUUAUAGUUUUAUCGCUAAUUGAAAAAGUGUACUGAUAAAAGUAUAAUUAUGUGGAAUAUCUGUGGAAUAAUAAGUGUAAGAUGUAGAAUCUAGGAUAUAUUUAGUCUCAUAAGUUCAUAUAAAUGUUUUUAAACAAUUCAGGAAGU